AUGGGAAACUGCCUGUCUUCCACAGACCAGAAGGAUGCCAAGGACAGGAGUGUCGCUAUUGACAAGCAGAUCGAAGAGGACAGCCGCAAGUUCAAGAAGGAAUGCAAGAUCCUCCUACUCGGUUCUGGUGAGUCGGGCAAGUCGACGAUCGUCAAGCAGAUGAAGAUCAUUCACCAGAAUGGCUACACCAAGGACGAAUUGCUACUCUAUCGACUCACCGUCAUCAAAAACUUGGUCGACUCAGCUCAGGCCAUCGUUCUUGCUCUUCGCAAAUUCAAGAUGGAGCCCGAGAUGCCAGAGAAUCGCGAGAAUGUCGACGCCAUCUUGCAGUAUCGAGUCGAUGCCGACCCGGGCGCUACGCUCGAGCAGACCAUGGCGAGAAAGGUCGACUCGCUCUGGAAGGACCCCAUCAUCCCCGCCAUCAUGGAGCGCAGCAGCGAGUUUUAUCUCAUGGAUAGUGCCGCCUACUUUUUCGACAAUGUCAACCGCAUCGGCCAGUCCGACUAUGUCCCCAACGAGAACGACGUGCUUCGUGCACGUUCGAAAACAACCGGCAUCAGCGAGACACGAUUCAACAUGGGUCAGCUCUCAAUACACCUCUUUGACGUCGGAGGACAGCGUUCAGAGCGCAAAAAGUGGAUUCACUGCUUCGAGGCGGUAACGUCUAUCAUUUUCUGUGUCGCGCUGAGCGAAUACGACCAGGUGCUCUUGGAGGAGAGCGGUCAGAACCGCAUGGCUGAAUCGCUGGUCCUCUUUGAAUCGGUGGUCAACAGUCGAUGGUUCCUGCGCACUUCGGUCAUCCUCUUCCUCAACAAAAUCGACAUCUUCAAGCAGAAGAUCCCAAAACAGCCCUUGUCAAAGUACUUCCCAGAGUACAGCGGCGGGCCGGACAUCAACAAGGCGGCAAAGUACAUUCUCUGGCGAUUCACACAAACCAACCGUGCGCGCUUGAGCAUCUACCCACAUCUCACCCAGGCCACCGAUACCAGCAAUAUCCGUCUUGUCUUUGCAGCGGUCAAGGAGACCAUCCUCACCAAUGCGCUCAAGGACAGCGGUAUCUUGUGA